AUGGCGAAUCUGAAAAAUAUCCUUAUCCGCUCGUGCGUCGUAGCAGUAACGCUGCUGACGGAGGGGAUGAAACAUAAACUGGGUCUUUCACUGAUCCUCUUUUUCAACGCGCCCGCAAUAAGGGCAAAUGGCUGGUUUAAUGAUUGGAGGAAUGACAUGUUAGGGGAGAAGGAGAAGAACUUCCUCAAAGGAAUUGAAGAGAACUGGCGCCGAGGAUGGAAGAACGAUUUGUUAAGCAGCCUUCAAAACAGUUGGAUAGGAGGAUUCAAGAAUGACCACAUGUUGAUGGACUCCAUCAACAUCAUCCUCGCAGAUGCACCAAGAAAGUACAGACAUAUAAUAAGUCAACAUAUUAACGAAUUACUAAGUGGAAGAUAUAAUGAAAUCAAUCCGAAAAAUCUCUUACAUAGAAUUUCAAAUAUUAUAAAAAAUGGAAAAUCAAAAACUCUAUGUGAUGAUAAUAAAUCCUUUAUUAUCAUAGGAGUACCUCAUUUAAUAUUUGGUUCAAAUUUAUUUAAUGAUUUAAAAUUAGAGACUAUAAAUUUUUUAAUAAGAAAUAUUACAAAGCAUUUGUAUGGUUGCCAACUACAAGUCAAAGGAUCUGAUGUGUCAAGUAUAACUAAUGGAUGCCAAUCUGAGAUGGAUAAACAUAUAAUUUUUGAUGAUAAGAAACCAGAUGGUGUGGUGGUAAAUGGAAAAAAAGGGUUGAAUCUGUCCCCUAGUAAUAAAUUUUUUAGCACUCUUUUACAAUGCUCCGUUGAUAAUUUAGGUUCAGGGGAGAAAACCAUGAUUUGCGUGCAGGAACAGCUAGCCAAACGAAAAUUAAAACUUUCUGAUACUUGUUCUAGUUGUUUUAAAGAAUCCGUUGAUUGUGGAAAGUCCAACUGUUGGCUCCCCUGCUUAUUUGGCAACCCUUGCGCCGACAGAUGUUACCAGUGCGCCACGGAUAGCUGCAACAAGGACCUCAUUCGAUGCAGUGGAUUGGAAAACCUCCCCGGCGCAUGCUCAUGA